CAAAUGACUACUAUUGAUGAUUUACGAAAUCCUAAAGUGUACACCGUACAAGAGCUAACUGAAACAAUAAAACGCUAUGACAUUCAAAGAAUUAGAGGAGAUUUCAGUCAAUGCAACAUCACUCUGAAAUUCUCAUCAGGUGCAGAAAUCAAAGUUCAUUCUCUGAUACUUCAGACAUUCUCCAAGAAGUUUCAUGAUCUCAGGGAUGGGAUAAUUAUUACAAGAACGGUUAACAUGGAACCUUUUGAUGAAGGAGUAGUAAGAGAUGUGAUUUAUUGGAUGUACACUGGUAAAUUGUUUCUCAUGGAUGUUCCUCAUUAUAACUUGGCAGAGUUUUGGGAUAUGCCUGAACUCUUAGUUCAAAUUACUGACGAAUUGAAAAAUGACGUGGAUUUAACCUUCCGUUUUAUCAAUACAUCAAGUACUAACAUCAAGGAUCGCCCACAAGCAGCUUUGCGCCCCCAUUGCACAAUUGAACAUGACGUGACGAACGUAACAAUCUUAUGUGUCAAUUUAAUUGCUGACUAUGAGUCUUCUCCAAAACUCACAAUGGUUCAACUUAUGAGACUUUCAACUUGUUCCAUUUAUGCUUGUAUGGCCGUCAGAAUGCCGCUCAAAAAGAAAAUUCCAUUGAUUUUUAUGGUUUGUGAUUGGUUGAUCGAGAAGAAACCUCGCUUGGACACUGUCAUUGGAAUUAUUCAAAGUUUAGUUUUCGACCGUUAUACGUCGCACGUUUUCGUUGAAAGAAUCCGCCAACAUGCCUACAUGUUUGUCACCGAUUUGCAUCAAAGCUUCAAAUUUAUGAUAUUUUUCAACGGAGCUACACGUAUCGAUCGUGACGAGACAAAGGAAUACCAUCCAGAUCCAUUAGAUCUACGCGUGUUCAACAAUGAUCCUAAUAUCUCAAGACCCAAUGAGAAUCCAUAUAAGCCCAGAUAUUCAAAUGACGAUUGGUCGUUUGAAACUGGUAAUCAGGUUGAACUGAAAAAGUUUAGAGAUUUUUUUGACGAGGAAUAUGAACGAAAACUGAAAGCCCACCAACAGAAGCCACCAGUGCCAAAGCCUGCGAUUGAAGUUACAUGGGAUGCUUCAAAUUUUGGAAAACCUCCCUCAGAAAGCGUUAAAAAUUGUGUUCUAGAAGAAAGGCCAAAAACUCCUGAAAGACCAAAGUUCACACUCGGAAUAACUCAUUUGGAAUCUGAUAUACGAGUUGAAGAUCGACUAAUGUUUCGUGUGAGAGCUCUCAAUAAUCCACGUCAUUAUGCAAUGGCUGUGGAACGAGAAGUUGAAGCCCAGAAAAUUAAGAAAAUGGAGAUGGACCAACUCUAUGGUGAUUAUGAGAAAUCAAAUUAUGUUGGUCAUCAAAACAAUCCACAGCCCGAUGUCAACCGUUCUCAGUAUUGUUACACUUCUAGAAGUGUUCAUCAUCCUGCAGAUCAGUAUCAACAUUUGGAUAAAAGACAAAGAAAUCUGAGCUAUUCAGCGCCACCCAAAAACUACGUGAUCUUAUCUCCUCAUUCAAACAACAAUCGAAGAUCAGUUGAUUCUCAAAAUUCUAAUCAAAGUUUUGAUGGAUUGUCUGCAAAUUCUCAGAACUAUUAUGAUCAACAGUUUGCUGGAAGAUAUACACACAACCCAGACACUGCUGGUCCUUCUUCAUCCAAUUCGGUUUAUAACAGAAAUAUGAGAGACGAUGGAACUAGCGGAGCAAAUGGUAACGCAGAAGCUGGACCAUCAACUUCAUAUGCUAGUGGUGGAAGCUCCAAAAAACAACCAAGGGAAACUGGUUCAGGAAGCAAAAUAUCUCAUUACUUGUACCCAAAAUAGGAUUUAUACAAAUCUUCAACUCGACUACCAAAUUCUCAAUUGAACUUGUAUUAACCUUGUGAAUGAUGAAUAAACUAAUUGAAAAUUGAAGUAAAAA